CACACCAUUUUCUCCAAAGCAAAUAACAAAUUAAAAACCAAAAAAGGAAAUUCAUGAUGUUGAUGAAGUGCCAUGAAUUGUGCAAACCGGUUUGUAUCUUGAUUGUAGUUAACAUUGCUCUUGCUUUUGUCAAUUUAUUUCUUAAAAUGGUUCUCAAUGAAGGAAUGGACUACAUGUCCAUUGUAACAUAUCGACAAGCUAUUUCAUUUAUCUUCAUGGCACCCAUUGCAUGGUUCUAUGAAAGAAAACACAAACUGGAGGCUCACAUAAUAUGUCUCCUUUUUCUCUCUGCUCUGGUCGGAGUAACACUCCCCCAAUACUUGUUUCUUCUUGGACUAGAGAAUACAUCUGCCACAUUCUCGUGUGCAUUCCUUAACAUGGUGCCUGUAUUUACAUUCAUCAUGUCACUUCCAUUUGGGAUAGAGAAGGUGAACAUGAAAAGCAAAAGUGGUAAAACCAAAGUCUUGGGAACUAUUGUGUGCAUUGGUGGAGUUUUGUUAUUGGCACUUUAUAAAGGAAUUUCCUUUAACAAUCCACAAUCUCAACACAUAGCAAAUAGAUAUACAAGUGCACCUCCUCCAGCUGCCAAGUUAGAGAAAUGGAUUAUAGGUUCAAUACUUCUGACUGCUGGUUGCAUCUUGUGGUCUUCAUGGUUUAUUAUACAAGCAAAGAUUAGCAAAAAAUAUCCAUGUCAAUACUCUAGCACUGCUAUUUUGUCACUUUUUGCUGCUAUUCAAUCAACAACAGCAACUUUUGCCAUCAAGAGAAAUAAUGCUUCUUGGAUCAUCAAAGGAAAGCUAGAAAUUAUGUGUAUCUUAUAUACUGGAUUGGUGGGGUCAGGCUUGUGCUAUGUGGCAAUGUCAUGGUGUGUCAAACAAAGGGGUCCAGUUUUUACAGCAGCAUUUACCCCUCUUAUACAAAUAUUUGUGGCUGUGCUUGAUUUCACUAUACUAAAGGAAGAAAUAUACUUAGGAAGUAUUGCAGGAUCUGCCUUGGUUAUUGUUGGCAUGUAUAUUCUUUUAUGGGGAAAAAGUAUGGAAAGAGAGCAAUGUGUCUUGAAGGAUACACAAGCAAAUCAAGAUGUAGAAUGUCAAUGACAAUUCAACCAAUCACAGCAAACAUGAAUGAAUGUUUGAUGUAUUGUGUCCUCUGCAAUGCAGGGGAAAGUCAAGAUUACUCUGUAAGAUAUAAAAAGUUACUAUAAUAAAAUAAAUGCUUCAUUUAUUUUUGAUGCAUCUAAAAAACUCUGCUAUACAAAAUUUGUUUCAUAAGAGCAUGUAGAAUGGUAUAACCCUAUAAGGUAAUUUGAAUAUUUAAUUUCAAAAGCAUAAUGGAGAUCCCUCAUUCAUGUUGUGAUUGGUUGAAUUAUCAUUAUCAUUCAUGUCUUAUGUAGAUUCUAUCAAACCACACAAACAUCUCCAACAGUACUAAAGACAUCAACAUCCGAUUGUGAUGUUAGGAAAUAGGCACCUAACAAUGUCUGCUCGUAAUAGUUAUUCUCCUAGCACCUUUUUUGAGCUUGUUGGUACGAAAGGCCAAGAAUCAACACAAUACAUGUCCAUCAGUUUCAAAUAAGAUAUUUUCUACCACAUUAGAAAUCUUAAUAAUAAGAACCAUUAUUAAACUGCAUUAAAAUAUGAAGACAUUUUGCUAAACACAAAAACCAAAAGGAUUUUGAUAAAAAUUACUACAUUAAAUCUAGGUUUUGUGCAAUAACUCUUCCAAAACAAAUGUUAACUGCUACAAACUUUAAUGCAAUCUACUGAAAAGAGAAUCAAAUCAUCUCAUAUUAAUGAAUUAUUCAACAAAUACUCCCUAACCU